AUGGACUCCUCUGUGUCAUCGUUUAAUAUAAAAAGUGAUUUGGAUCCGGAUGCGUCUGAAGCUGUGUUGUUUGAUAAAUUUGCUUCGGCUGGACCGGUUUUAUCCAUCCGUGUAUGUCGUGAUAUGAUAACACGACGUUCACUUGGCUACGCUUACGUUAAUUUUCAACAACCAGCUGAUGCUGAACGUGCUUUGGAUACAAUGAAUUUUGAUGUGUUACGCGGAAAAGCAAUGCGGAUUAUGUGGUCACAACGAGAUCCAGCAUUGCGGAAAUCUGGUAUUGGAAAUGUAUUUAUUAAAAAUUUAGACAAAAAUAUCGAUAAUAAAUCAUUGUAUGAUACAUUUUCCGCAUUUGGAAAUAUAUUAUCAUGUAAAAUUAUGACAGAUGAGCAAGGUCAAAGUAAAUGUUUUGGAUUUGUUCACUUUGAAACACAAGAAGCAGCUGAUAAUGCGAUCAGCAAAGUUAAUGGAAUGUUAUUGGCUGAUAAAAAAGUAUUUGUUGGUCGAUUUAUGCCACGAAAUCAACGUUCUGAUAUCAGUGGUCCUCGAAAAUUUACAAACACUUUUGUUAAAAAUUUUGGUGAUCAAUUAGAUGAACAAAAAAUGAAAGAUUUAUUUGCACCAUAUGGAACAAUAACAAGUUGUAAAGUCCCUGUUGAUGAAAAUGCACAACCAAAAGGUUUCGGUUUUUGUAGUUUUGAGAGUCCAGAAAUGGCUGAAGAGGCUGUAAAAGCAUUGAAUGGAUAUAUGCUUGGUGAUAAACAAUUAUUUGUUGGGCGAUUCAAAAAGAAAGGUGAGCGUGCAUCGGAAAUGAAACGUCGAAAAGAAUUACAACGACAAGAAAGAAUGAAUAAAUACCAGGGUGUUAAUUUAUAUAUCAAAAAUUUGGAUGAUACAAUCGAUGAUGAACGAUUGAAAAAAGAAUUUAGCAAGUUUGGUACAAUCACAAGUGCCAAAGUUAUGGCUGAUGGUGAAAGAUCAAAAGGAUUUGGUUUUGUUUGUUUCUCGGCGCCGGAUGAAGCAACGAAAGCUGUUACAGAAAUGAAUGGUAGUAUUGUUGGUUCGAAACCAUUGUAUGUUGCAUUAGCACAACGAAAAGAAGAACGUCGUGUCCAUUUAACAAAUCAACAUAUGCAACGUAUUGCAACAACACGUAUGCAGAACCCUCCAAUGCAAAUGCCAUUUUCAAAUACGAUGAUACCUUAUUUACAAAGUACGGGACUUCAUCAACCACGAAACUUUUUUCCAUCUCAACCCUAUCGUCCACAGCCGCGUUGGUCACAAGGGACAAUAAGACCACAACAAGCCGCGUUUGCUGGUCAAACAUAUGCAAUACCACAUCGGGGUCGUCUACCUACAGCACAAAACAUGGCGACUGGUUCAAUGCAGCAAUCAUCGAUUCGUUCAGCAACUAUGAUGAGUAAUCAUACACAUAAUCGCGCACAAUUAGGAAUGCAACAACGUCCAACAUCAGGCAUGUCUCAAUCUGUUGCGCGCAACGUGACAACACCACAAAUGUCGGGCAUGCAAGCAACAUAUGCUAGAACACAAACUGCAAGAAACAUGCCACAAACAAACCCUGGUCAUUUUCAAAAUUCGAUCCUCGUUCCUGGCCAAGAACCAUUAACACCAGCUGCAUUAGCUAAUGCAACACCUCAAGAACAAAAACAAAUGUUAGGUGAACGUUUAUUUCCGUUAAUUCAGCAAAUGAAACCAGACACAGCGGGUAAAAUAACGGGAAUGUUAUUAGAAAUUGAUAAUACAGAAUUAUUGCAUAUGCUUGAAUCUCAUGAAUCAUUAAAAGCAAAGGUCGACGAAGCCAUUGCUGUACUGCAAGCGCAUCAAGCAAAACAAUUAUAUCCAGGAAAACAACCAUACGGAGUUUGUCGUGAACAAGAGAUGACAUAA